CGCUUGCGCACUGGCGCGCGCCGGCCGGGCGUGAAUUCUGCGCGGGUGAGUUGGAAGAGAGAGAGAGAGAGUCGGUGGCGGCUCUGCGUUGGGCGGCUGCGGCUCCACGUGCUCCCGGCAGUCGGUUAAGACCGUUGGCGAAGUCUGCUGAGAGGGCAAGAGUUCAAACCAGUCUCUGAUAGAACAUUUAAUCAUUUAACCAAAGAUGGUGUUUUUUACAUGCAAUGCGUGCGGUGAAUCAGUGAAGAAAGCGCAGGUGGAAAAGCACGUGUCUGCCUGCCGAAACUGUGAAUGUCUCUCCUGUAUUGACUGUGGGAAGGACUUCUGGGGCGACGACUAUAAAAGCCACGUGAAGUGCAUCAGUGAAGGCCAGAAGUACGGAGGCAAAGACUAUGAAGCCAAGACUCACAAAGGUGAUGCAAAGCAGCAGGCAUGGAUUCAGAAAAUUAAUGAAUUAAUAAAGAAACCCAAUGUCAGCCCUAAAGUUCGAGAACUUCUGCAGCAAAUCAGUGCUUUUGACAAUGUUCCCAGAAAAAAGGCUAAGUUUCAGAACUGGAUGAGGAACAGCCUGAAAGUGCACAGUGAUGCUAUUCUGGAGCAGGUGUGGAACAUCUUUUCUGAAGCGUCCAGCAGUGAGCAAGAUCAGCAACCACCCAGCAAUGUGGCCAAGCCUCAUGCAGAGAUCCCCGCUAAGGUUCCACCUGAGGAAACAAAUGGCACCACGGAAGAAAAAGCAGAGGCAAAGAAAAAUAAAAGAGAAAGGAAGGAGGAACGACAGAAGAAUAGAAAGAAAGAGAAGAAAGAGCUGAAGUCAGAAAACCAACAGGAAAACCUGAGGGGCCAGAAGUCAAAAAAGCGCAAAAAGGGCCAGGAGGCAGGACAGGAGGCUGGUGGGGAGGAGACCGCAGAGGCUGAUGGCCCGCCAGAAAAGAAGAAGGCCCGGGGUGGGCAGGCCUCAGAAGAGGAUGCAGACAGAAAUGGGGCCCCUGGUGAAAAUGCUGAUGAGGGGCAGAUCAAGACAGGGAAAGGAAAACAGAAGCGGCGAAAACACUCAGAAGAUGAGUCCAAGAAAAAAAAGAUGAAGUUGCCAGGACAGCCUGAGGAGGGAGAGGCCAAGGACCAUGAGGUUCCAGCAAAAGGUAAAUUCAACUGGAAGGGGACCAUUAAAGCCGUUCUGAAACAGGCUCCAGACAAUGAGAUAUCAGUCAAGAAGUUAAAGAAAAAGGUCAUAGCUCAGUACCAUGCAGUGAUGAGCGACCAUCACAUGUCAGAGGAGGAGCUCCUGGCCAUCUUCAACAAGAAAAUUAACAAGAACCCCACCUUUAAGGUUCUGAAAGACAGAGUCAAGCUUCUGAAGUGAGCACACCAUUGCUUCACGCACUUGUAUUGACUGCUUUCUUCUACUGUUUGUAAAAUGUAUAAUGAAUUAUAACAAUCGGAAAUUGCUUUCUGAAACUGUAUUUUUAAGUUAAUGAAAAGAUAUAUUUUUGUUAACCUUUUAUGAAAAAAUAAAAUAUAUUCUUGUUGAAUUCUUUA